AUGGCUGCUGUCCAGAUCUCUAUGGUCCCGCUGCUACCCUGCACCACAAACUUCCCCACAGGGAGCUCUUUGGUGCACCUUAGAAGCUGGAAGCAGGAGGAAGACAAGGAGAAAUCAAUAUGGUGGGACAUGAAGCCCAUGCAGCGGAAGCAGCAGGAGGUGGACUGCAGACAUAAUGAGGACUUCAAGCCCGGAGGCAGCAUCUCAAACCCACAAAAUUCCAUCCAUGACGCUCAGAGUGCCAGGGAACCCAGGUUAAGAACAGGGGAUGCUGAGGGCUGUGAUUACCUUUCAGACCGUUCCUCUAAAAGCCUGGUCACCGUUUUCAAUGCAGCCAAAUCUGCCUUUUCUGAAACCAGGCAGCAGUGGGAAGAGCUGGCGAGUGACAGGUCCGGGAGGAGACCCUCGAGGAAGCGGACUCACAAAGCCGAGAACGCGCCAGGCAGGCUCCGAGCCCCGCCUGGACAGAAGGAGCGGGCCGGGGGCAGCCCGGGGUCGGGGUCUCCCCGGAGGAAGCAGGCAGAGCGCAGGGGACGCAGAGAGCAGCUGGGGGAACCGGAGCGAGGCUCGGCAGAGAAGACCUGCGGAGGAAGGAGGAAGAGGGACGGGAGAGCUUCCCUCAGGGAGCACCGAGCACCUCCAAAGAAGGAAAAGGAGGUGCCGAGGAAGGAGGAGAUGUGGAAGCAGCUGAAGAAACACAGGUCAUCCUCCUUGGCCUCCAGCACCUCUGGUAGGGAGUCUCUGUCUGAGGAGGAACUGGCCCGGAUUCUGGAGCAGGUGGAAGACAAGAAGAAGCUCAUCGCCACCAUGCGGACCAAGCCCUGGCCCAUGGCGAGGAAGCUGGCGGGGCUCAGGGAGGCCCAAGAAUUUGUGGAGAAGUAUGAAGGAGCCUUGGGAAAGGGGAAAGGCAAGCGACUCUACGCCUAUAGGAUGCUGAUGGCUAAGAAAUGGGUCAAGUUUAAAAGAGACUUUGAUAAUUUCAAGACUCAAUGUAUUCCCUGGGAAAUGAAGAUCAAGGACAUUGAAAGUCACUUUGGUUCUUCAGUGGCAUCAUAUUUCAUCUUUCUCCGAUGGAUGUAUGGAGUUAACCUCGUCCUUUUUGGCUUAAUAUUUGGUCUAGUCAUAAUCCCAGAGGUGCUGAUGGGCAUGCCCUAUGGAAGCAUACCCAGAAAGACGGUGCCUCGGGCUGAGGAAGAAAAAGCCAUGGAUUUUUCCGUCCUUUGGGAUUUUGAGGGCUACAUCAAGUAUUCCGCUCUCUUCUACGGCUACUACAACAACCAGAGGACCAUCGGGUGGCUGAGGUACAGGUUACCCAUGGCUUACUUCAUGGUGGGGGUCAGCGUGUUCGGCUACAGCCUGAUGAUCGUCAUUAGAUCGAUGGCCGGCAACACCCAGGGCAGCACGAACGACGGGGAGAGCGAUAACUUCACAUUCAGCUUUAAGAUGUUCACCAGCUGGGACUACCUGAUCGGGAAUUCAGAGACAGCCGACAACAAAUACGCCUCCAUCACCAUCAGCUUCAAGGAAUCAAUAGUGGAUGAACAAGAGAGUAACAAAGAAGAAAAUGUCCAUCUGACAAGAUUUCUCCGUGUCCUGGCCAACUUUCUCAUCAUCUGCUGUUUGUGUGGAAGUGGGUACCUCAUUUACUUUGUGGUGAAACGAUCCCAAGAAUUCUCCAAAAUGCAGAAUGUCAGCUGGUAUGAAAGAAAUGAGGUAGAAAUUGUGAUGUCCCUGCUUGGGAUGUUUUGUCCCCCUCUGUUUGAAACCAUUGCUGCCCUGGAGAAUUACCACCCACGCAUUGGACUGAAGUGGCAGCUGGGACGCAUCUUUGCACUCUUCCUGGGAAACCUCUACACGUUUCUUUUGGCCCUGAUGGAUGACGUCCACCUGAAGCUUUCUAACGAAGAGACAAUAAAGAACAUCACUCACUGGACUCUGUUUCACUACUACAACUCCUCGGGUUGGAAUGAGAGCGUCCCCCGGCCACCCCUACACCCUGCAGAUGUGCCCCGGGGUUCUUGCUGGGAGACAGCUGUGGGCAUUGAAUUCAUGAGGCUGACAGUGUCGGACAUGCUGGUAACGUGUAUCACCAUCCUGCUGGGGGACUUCCUGCGGGCUUGCUUUGUCCGGUUCAUGAACUACUGCUGGUGCUGGGACCUGGAGGCUGGAUUUCCCUCAUAUGCUGAGUUUGAUAUUAGUGGAAAUGUGCUUGGUUUGAUCUUCAACCAAGGAAUGAUCUGGAUGGGCUCCUUCUAUGCCCCAGGACUGGUGGGCAUCAACGUGCUGCGCCUGCUGACCUCCAUGUACUUCCAGUGCUGGGCAGUGAUGAGCAGCAACGUCCCCCACGAACGCGUGUUCAAAGCCUCCCGAUCCAACAACUUCUACAUGGGCCUCUUGCUGCUGGUGCUUUUCCUCAGCCUCCUGCCGGUGGCCUACACCGUCAUGUCCCUUCCACCCUCCUUUGACUGCGGGCCAUUCAGUGGGAAAAACAGAAUGUAUGACGUCAUCCAAGAGACGGUCGAAAACGAUUUCCCAACCUUCCUGGGCAAGAUUUUUGCUUUCCUCGCCAAUCCAGGCCUGAUCAUUCCAGCCAUCCUGCUGAUGUUCCUGGCCAUUUACUACCUGAACUCAGUUUCCAAAAGCCUUUCCCGAGCUAAUGCCCAGCUGAGAAAGAAAAUCCAAGCGCUACGUGAAGUUGAAAAGAGCCACAAAUCUUUCAAAGGCAGAGCCACAGCCAGAGAUUCAGAGGACACAGCUAAACGCAACUCCAAAAAUGCCACCCAGCUCACCAAAGAAGGGACCGCACAUCACCCUGCUAGCCCAAGCCAGACCCUGGACCAGAAGGCGCAGGGCUCUAGGGCCUCCAGUUCUGCUGGCAGGACUGUGUCGCCUGCCUCAGCACCCCCUGGCGUCAGACCAGACUCUGGCCAAGCCCUGCCUCAGGCUCGUCCUUGGAGGUCAGCCUCUGGAAGGAGUGCUCAGAGACCUCCCCACUGA